UGUGACAUUUCUCCUCUUUUGCAGGUGGAUGAGGAUUGCUGGCAGCCCGGCAAGGAGGACGUUGCAUGUGAAGCAUGCCCUGGGCUGGCCUGGCUCAGCCCCUGUGCUAACACACUGCUGAGCUGCGGCACGGAGCAGAUCCAGCCACCUCUCAGCACAGGCGUCCAGCGCCGGCCCCAGGAUGAGCACGGAAGCGAGCAGCAAACCCCUGAAGGUGGGCUCCAGGGUGGAGGUCAUCGGGAAGGGGCACCGUGGGACUGUAGCCUACGUCGGGGCCACCCUGUUUGCCACGGGCAAAUGGGUCGGGGUCAUCUUGGACGAAGCCAAGGGCAAGAAUGAUGGCACCGUGCAGGGCAGGAAAUACUUCACCUGCGAGGAGAACCACGGCAUCUUCGUGCGGCAGUCACAGAUCCAGGUUUUUGAAGAUGGAGCUGACACGACGUCCCCAGAGACCCCGGAGUCGGCCGCGCUGAAGGUCCCCAAGCGAGAUUCCCUGGACGCCGCCAAAGGCAGCAAACUGCGUGGAGCCAAACCCAAAAAGGUGGUGCGUUUUUGACAGUCUGUGUGUUCC